AGGCUAUGUUCCUUUAAAAAAAAAAAGCUGACCGAGGUGGAGAGGAAGGGGUGCUAGAGACCGUGCACUGUUUGCUUGUGUCAGUUCUGUGUGUGAAUACUGCUGAAAUCUAUAGAAUUAGCUAAUAGCUACUAGGAAAACCAGCGAAACUGGUGGACAUUUAACCCGUACGAGCGAUUCAACCAUAACCAGAUGUAAAAAUGUGAGUAUUGUCAGAGGCAGAUGUGCUCCCAUGCUCCCACCCACCCCAGCACCACACUAGAAUGUACUUGAUGAACGUGCCUCCAGUUGCGGCUAUUCACACAGAAUGGAAGUCAUCGUGCGGCGGUCCGCCCGGAGUCUUUAGCGGUCUGCCCAUCUGCUUCAAUGACUCUGACAGCGACUUGUCCACCACUGGAACACCCAUCCCAGAGAAGGUCCAGAUGAUCAUAGAGAGCCUAAGGAGCACCCAUUCCUCACUCGACAUGGGCAAUGAGACGGAGGGGAACCAGGUGCUGCCAGGACAACCAGGACAGGAUGUCGGAGCCCGCGGCUCCCAGGGCCAGGGCUUCAAGGCCCGGAGGGGGCCUCCUGUGGUGAUGGGGCCCAAGCCCAAAUUCAGAGGACCUCUUCCUGCCACUCACAUUAAUAACUUGCUGGCAGUGCCAGAAGUUUCCUCAAAUGUUGAUUCGGAGAGCCAGAGUUCUGACAGCGAUGACUCGGUGGAUAGAGGGAUCGAGGAGGCCAUACAGGAGUACCUGAAGGAAAAGGACGACCACAAACGCAAGGCCGAGCCAGAGCCAUCCACGAAUAUUCUACAGCCACCCAAGAUGCCGCGGAGGGAGUCUCCUCCAACCGUUCCAGAACCUCCCAAACCACAAUCCGACAGCAAUAAGGUUUUAACUGCCAGCAACCAGGUCCCGAGAAGUGUCAAAACAGAAACGCAGACCACCACACCACCACCCAUGAAAAAACGUGUAAAAAGUAAGACACCCACCUGCAAAGAGAAUCCCUUUAAGAAAUUGGGCACAACAAGCAAAGCAGCGGUGGUCAAAAAACUGUCCUCUUUCGAACGGAAGAGAGGCCCCUGUAUUUCGAACCCUCUUUCUGACACACUGAAGUGUCCCUUGGUGAAAGCAGUGGARGAACACUUGUCUGACAGUGACAGCAGUAGUGAUGACGGUAUAGAGGAGGCUAUUCAACGCUACCAGCAGGAGAAGAAGAAAGAGAGACAUGAAGGAGGAGGCAGACAGUCCUCCAAGCCCCUUCUUCUCCUCAAAGAGGAGUCAGACUCCAGCAGCAGCGAUGACGGAAUUGAGGAGGCUAUUCGCCACUACCAGCUGGAGAAGCAGAAAGAGAAAAAGAGUGUACCCAAACUCUCUCYAUCUCUACCCCCCAAACAUAAGCAAGUAAGUAAAGCAGCCGCUUCCCUGUACUGUCCAGAGAGCAUCAGCACUCCAGCAGCGGCCAUGAAAAAACGCAAACUGUCUAAAAAUAAAAAAAAUAAACCCGAGACUAGGGAUGUAAAAUCGUAUCUACCCUCACAAACUCCAGGUUCCUCACUCUCUCUUAUCAAGAAGAGAUUAGCAGCUAGCAGUCCCAAAGGGAACGGCCUCCUCCUGUUGACUCAUGUGGAGCCCCUGCGAGAGAGGGAGCAGGAGCAGCACACCACCCCAGGCCCAGCCACCCUGAAGGUGAACACCAUCACAACCACCACAGCUGAGCUGAUGUGUGCUGAGGCCAUUCUGGACAUCUCUAAAGCUGUCAUUAAAAUUCCAGAGGCCUUUAACCCUAACGCUGCAGGUCUUAUGAACAUCAACAGCAGCCCCACAGAGUCCACCACUUCCCUCAUCUCCACAAACUGUCCUGAUGAUAAUAAUAAUAAAAGUGAUGAUGAGAGCUCCGUUGACAGUGAGGAGGGGAUCGAACAGGAAAUCCGGAAGUUUCUCGAGCAGAAGGCUCAAAUACACAAACUGUUGCCUGGUUCAGCUGUUGGUACUGCAAGUCAGGGUGACACUAACACUACGACUGAACCAGAGAAGAACACCAAACUGAGUCUGGCCCAGAAGAAAACACUGAGGCUGUCUUUGACGCAGAGAAGAAAGCGCAAAGAGGAAGACGGAAGCAGGAGCGGCUCCAAGGAGGAACGAGAGACUGAUCUCAGAAUGAAAGAGGAGGCAGUCACAAAACCCUUGACUGAGCAUGACAGAGGGUCUGUGUCGUCCCUGAAGAAAGCCCCACUGAAAUCAGUGAAGGGCUCCGAGAGGAGGAGGGAACAGAGUGGAGAGAAGAGCAGCUCACUGGACAGUGACGAAGACCUGGACACUGCAAUAAAAGACUUGCUCAAGACCAAGAAGAAGUUGAAAAAGAAGACUAGAGAUAUGAAGUUGAAGUCAAGGAAGGGCCUCAAGGAGGAUGAGUAUUUGUCUCGAAAAACAGCAUCACCGCUAAAGAAGCUCAGAACGGAGCCUGAGCCCAAGACCACCAGUCUUUUGAAAACGACCCUUAAAGUCACUACUACAACUACUACUACUACGACUACAGCCCAGAGUGGGAACGACAACAGAGAGAAGUGCAAAGUGAGUAAGAAUGUGUCAAAGCAUCCACAGAGCAAUAAGAACAAAGAGCCCCUUAUCCAGGCAUAUGAGACAGACGGAUCUGAAGGGACAAAAGGUGUAGAAUGCCUGUCGGGAGUUAACCCAGGGGUGUUUCAGAUCAAGGAAGAGAGUAGUUCAGUGGACAGCGACGACAGCAUUGAACAGGAGAUCAGAAAGUUCCUGGCGGAAAAGGCUAAAGUUUCUACUACCGCAGGGAAAACAGGAGAUGGGAACGGCAAGGGCAAAACUACAGUCCCUCUCACAGAGAAAAGCAUCAAAACGGAAAAUCAGCUGGCUGAAAUUCCAAGAAUGGAUGUUACCCAAUUCCCUGACCCGCCUCGUCAGAGCAGUCCUGAGCAGAGAGGAGUUCCGGACAGAGGAGUCUUUCCCAACACACCCCCAGGAAACCCCAACCCCACCUCCACCCUAGGAACAGCCAGGGGAUCGUGCCUCCUUUCAGCCCUCACCCCCAGCUCCUAUCCUACAGCCCUGGAGCCUGCUGAUGGCGCUGGGGUUACCAGAGCUGAUAAGAGGAGGAGAUUCAGUUCGGGUUCAGGAAGCGGUGAUGCCCACCAGUAUACCAGCUCAGAGAUGGCAAGGGGUCACAGCCACAGAUCAUUUCCAAGCCCCAGCACCCCCUUGCCCAGGACUGACUCAGAGCAGUGGCUUAAGAGCCAAGUGUUCCCCCCCACUGAGACAAAAGAGAAGAUCCAUAACCGGAACCCAUUCCAGUACAGCUCACCUAGUUUUGGUGAGAAGACAGCCACCACGCCAGCGUAUCAGUGUGGAGUACCAGCCGGUAUCUAUCAACAUAGGAGGAGAGCUGAGCCUGCACCUGCAUUGGACACACCUGUCUCCACCUGUCCUGAUGUUGUACGGAUUGGGAGCAUCAUCAAAUCCCCACUGGUUCCUUUCCACUGCCCCUCAUCCUCAGAGACGGCUGUCGUCUUCAGCUCUCCGUUCCCAAGCCUAACCAGGAGACCUGUGGAGACGGGGCCGUCCGGGAGGUACUUCCUCCAGGGUCAUGGGUCAGGGCCGGGCAGCCGCUGGGGUCAACCUCCAACCCUGACCCCAGGGCUGUCGGUGAGCAGCGUGGUACACGUGGCCAAGAACCAGACCACAUUUGUGGAACUGUCCGAGAACAAGACAAACCAUGUACAGGUCAGGAGCAGGGAGGUGACAGUGAUUGAGGGAAAGAAGGAAAGGAGAAGUGACUUGCCAGCAGGAGAGAAUGAAAGAGAAAGGGAGAGCAGAAAGCCAGAGGAGAGAGGAGAAGAGCAGAUAGAAAGACGAGGGGAGGAGGAGUGUGUAGAUGAGACAGAUGUCAGCGAGUCAGACGAGAGGACGAGCCCAGAGAAGAAGCAGAGCUUUCCUACUUUGUCUCUAUCCAGCGCCAUUGACCCUGGUGUCGACCUCAGCCCUUACAUAGCACUGAACACAGAGGAGAGGAGCAAGAGGAGAGGAUUGGUGUAUAAAGCAGUCGCUGUAAAGCAGCCAAAGACCAAGAUUAAAAAACCUGUCAAGAGAGUGCUCCAAUUUCUACCACUAUCCAGGAAAAUUGAAUCAACUUGGAAGUGAAGCACAUCUUCAAGAAUUCUUAUCAAACAUUGAAAUGUUGAACUGUUAUUGUUGGUUGAAUUGUUUGAUUGGGAAGUAUGUUAGUUGUGUUGAAAUUGCACUUCAGCUCUUUGUUGGUUUGUUCAACAAUAUUUGUAUUAUUUAUAUUUGUUUCGUAUUUGCAUAGUAGGCUAUUUUGAUUAGGCUAUUGAUCUUCAAUAUUAACAUUUUGAGAGUUGUUGAAUGUUUUAAAUGUCAAUACAUUUUCUUCUACAUCAUGUUCAUAUUAAUGUUGAAAUAUAAUUUCUUGACACUUUUGUUAAAAACAAGGUUAUGAAAUCAACAGGUUUGGAAAAUCUGGCUAGAAUUUGACAAGAAAGAGGAAUGUACRGGUAACUGCCAAAGUAAAGGAAACACCAAGUAUAUUGUAUUACCACAGUUUUGUAAACCACGUUGGAGGCGGCUUAUGGUAGAGAAAUGAACAUUCAAUUCUCUGGCAACAGCGCUGGUAGACAUUCGUGCAGUCA